CACUUUUUAGAUAAAUAUAUUUAGUUUUCCUUUACUGCUGGAAAAUUAGGAUCACCAACUUUUUAGUUUUAAGCUCUCCCGUUUGAGCUUAAUUCUACUUCCUGUAAUCACGAAAACUUGCAGUGAAUCUCAGUGUAAAAAAAAGGGAAGGAAAAGAAUUCAAAAGUCCGUUCUUGAAGUUGUUCUCUGCGGUUCUACUUCUGUGUAAGAGCAUAGGAAUUUGUGAGGAUUUUAACCAUGGAGGGAAGAGAAGGUGUGAGUAGCAGUGGAGGUGUUACAGUGGUGGGAUCAGAUGCUCCGUCAGAGUACCACGUGGCUCCAAGGCCCGAGAACCAGGCCCAGAAUCCUGGAUCGGCGGCCCCGCCGGCGACGGCGCCUCCGCCGCCUCCGCCGCAGCCGGUGGGCGGCGAGCUCCCGGCCACCGUGGCGGGCACGGCGACGCUGUUGAAGAAGAAGAGAGGGCGGCCGAGGAAGUACGGGCCGGACGGGUCGGUGACGAUGGCGCUGUCGCCGAAGCCGAUAUCUUCGUCGGCGCCGUCGCCGGUGAUCGACUUCUCCUCGGCGCCUCCCAAGCGAGGCCGGGGGCGUGGGGCCGGGUCGGUCGCCAAGCCCAGCUUUGAAGUGGAGAAUUUAGGUGAAUGGGUCGCAUGCUCUGUUGGUGCGAAUUUUACUCCUCACAUCAUCACUGUUAAUACAGGCGAGGAUGUCACGAUGAAGAUAAUAUCAUUUUCUCAGCAAGGACCUCGAGCUAUAUGCAUUCUUUCUGCCAAUGGUGUGAUUUCGAGCGUUACACUUCGUCAGCCCGAUUCUUCCGGGGGUACAUUGACGUAUGAGGGUCGUUUCGAGAUUCUGUCCUUAACUGGGUCAUUCAUGCCCAGUGACUCUGGAGGAACAAGAAGUAGAUCGGGUGGGAUGAGUGUGUCUUUGGCAAGCCCAGAUGGACGUGUUGUCGGUGGAGGAGUUGCUGGUCUUCUAGUAGCUGCGGGUCCUGUUCAGGUUGUGGUAGGCAGCUUCCUUGCGGGAAACCAGCACGAGCAAAAGCCGAAGAAACAGAAGCAUGACGCUAUUUCCACGGUCCCACUACAGACGUCAACUAUUCCAAUAUCCGCUGCGGAUAACUGGUCUGCAUUGCAGCCGGAUUUGAGAAACAACAAGCAAACUGACAUUAAUGUGUCAUCUAUGCCUUGAGAGAGAGGUGGUAGUUGCAUAGUAAUAAUAGUAGUAGUGGUAUUAGAAGUAGUAGUAGUGCUAGACGACAUCUACUGAUCAGAUCAUGAUUUUUAACUGACCAACCACGUCGAUUUGGCUCUGCUCGUAAGUCUUAUGACUCCCCGAGUUUGUCUUUUGUCUGUAAACUUCAUCUAGAGAGAGUUAUCUUCAGCUAGGCCCUCUUUUUUUUUCCUUAUUUUUCAUUUCCCGGCUCUUGUAUCGGUGUUAUGUUCAGAUUUUAGUUGUCUGGUUCAGCUAGGGUGCUGCGGUGUGUUCGAUUUGUGUAGGAUGUUUAAUGCAAAACUAUGGGAAUUCCUCCGGAAUUUUAGCCAAUGGUUGCUCUUGAUAUUAGAGGAACCAUGGGUCAAUUAUUUUUAUGUGCUUUGUAAUUU